AUGGUCAUUGCCAACAACAACUCUGAUCAACCUCCUCCUCUUCCUCCAAGAGGUACCCGAACUCUCUCAACCGCCAAUCUCAUGAAUAAUUCCAAUAAUAAUAAUCAUCAAUCUUCUCCUACAACAACACCAACAACAACAACUUCAAAUACAUCAUCAAAUUCCUCCUCUCCUUCCUCUGCAGUAUCAACUACAACAAAUUCAACUCCUCCUCCACCUCCAAGAGCAAACAAACUUGGUUUAUUGUUCUCUCGAUUACAGGAUCAAAAUUUCACACUUCAUCAUUUACAUUUGACACGUGCAGAUCUUGCCUUGUCAGAACAUUUGAAAAAAUUGGAUUUGAAAUGUGUGAGACAUGUGCUACAGUUUUAUGAUUUUUCAGUGUUUAGAAAUGUAGUAUUGCCCAUUGCCUGUCAGUUGCCAACGGAUAUGAUUUGUGGUCAACCUGUAUACAAGCAUAAUGAAUAUUCUGCUUUGAGUGGUGGAAUUCAACCAUUACAAAAUGCUGGACAAUUGAUGGAUCACUACAUGAUUUAUCCUUCCAAUUAUUUACCUGAUUUGUUGAUUCCCAGUGCAAAGAAAGAUUUGAGUAUUGAAUCAAUUUACAAUGCCGAACAUUUGAGAGAAAAGUCUGAAUUUGAUUAUUUAUUUGAAAGACCUGUCACAACAGAUCAAAAGUGUCACAUUUUGACAACCAAACAUAUGGAUCAAACAUUAGUGAACUUGGUUAAUAUUGACACACCUUUUGAUUAUCAAAUGAGAUUGUUCAAAGAACAAGGAAUUGUGAAUCGAUUGGACAUUUAUGGAAAGAGUUUGAAAGCCAUGAUUGCAUCUAUGAAUUCACAAAGAAGAGCUGAGCAACAACAAGGUCGUACAUUUUCUCCAGUUUCUAGAUCUCCCUCUACUGGUAGUAUUCCAGCUACUCGAUCUGGAUCAAGUUCUAAUUUACUUCAAUCUCCUCUUUCUGUUCAAAAGUUUCAAUCAGUAGCUACAGAUAGCCCAAAAUCAUCUCUCUUCUCUUCACCAACAACAUUUACUCCUACAUCAGGUCACAAUGCUGAAUACUAUGACGAAUAUCAUCAUGCAGUUCAGGGUAUGAGAGACAAUGAUUUCCAAUCCGACCUUGACAUUAAUUCUAUUGAAGAAGUUCAAAUGUACUUGUAUCAAUUGAGAAAAAUGGUUUUCAUUUCAUCUCUCAUUAAGAAUUUAUAUGGUGCAAAGAAGACUAAUACCAACGCGUCCAUCACACAAAGUACUUCCAAAGAUCCAAAGAAAGAUCAUGGCACUUCAGAAAAGAAGAGAGAUGUUGGACUUGUAUUUCCAACACUUUCCUUGUCAACCAUGAGUCACAACUCGGAGCAACAUAUUGUCAUUGAUUUGUUGAGUACGGUUCCACAUUUAGUCUCACUUUCGCGUGUUCCAACUUAUGGAAUUGAACAAUUCAUGCAAAGAGAUUUAUUUUUCAAGAGUGUGCAAGAUAUUCACAGAAGUUGCAUUGAUUGGAGACUAUUACCACAACAAGUGAGAGAAGGAACAUUUGAUGGACAACUUCCUUGGAAAACAAUGGACUAUUUUGAAAACUUUAGUAAUGAAACAUGUUCAUUACUUGCUAAAAAGUGCAAAAACCUUGUGGAUUUGGCUGUCUCUGGAACUGUAUUUUUAGAUACUAAGGUACAAAAGGAUGUGAACUUGUCACAAAUUCCUCCAUCUCGAGUUUUUAACGAGAGUGGACUCACAGAAGUUGUACAACAUUGUAAGAACUUGCAAAGCAUUACUUUCAGAAUGGGUAAAUGGGAUCCAAAAGCUACCAAUCAAUUGUUGGCUAAAGGUGUCCUGCCACAUUUGACCAUGCUCGAUGUUCCUGGUGUGAAUUUCGAUGAGUCAACAUUUAAGGCCAUUGCUGCAAAUAAUACCUUAAAACAUUUGGUCAUUUCGAGCUGCGAAGUUUGCAAUGAUCAGAACUUGAAGCAACUUUAUGGCCACCCAACGAUUAACAAAUUAGUGCUUCAAAAUUGUCAAUCAAUUCAAAAUGGAUUGUAUGGAUUAGUGGAAAUCAAUGCCAACGCAUUGAACUGCUUGGAAUUGAUUAAUUUACAUAAUGUCAACGAUGGAUUCUUGGAAGCGUUUACAAAGAACAAGUGCAUUACCACAUUGAUGAUUAAUCAUUGUAGAACCAUUACUUCACAAAAUGUAGCAGUUUUAGCAAAGAGCCAACACUCUAUCACUAAUUUAAUGAUUAGAGGUACCACGGAUAGUAUUAACUUGUCAUCGAUUGGUAACUCAAUGCUUGCAUUCCAAUUGCAAGUUUUAGAUUUAUCCAAAACUUCGUUCCCAUAUACUCAAAUUUUGAAAUCUGAAGGACCAGUCACUGCAUUCCAACCUGUUUAUUAUCCUGUGGUUCCUGUCUCUACAGAGGAUUACAAACAAAUCAUCAACUCAUGCAGACAAUUAAGAAUUUUGAGAUUGGAUUGUAACCAUAAUGUCGAUGACAAUGUUAUUCAAUUACUUUCAGAACAAACCCACCCAUAUUUAGAAGAAUUAACAUUAGAAAAAACAAGUGUGACAGUGAAAGGUAUUAAUCAUUUGUGUGCUCACUUUUCAUCUCAGACCUCCAAUUUACAUACUCUUAAUUUAAGAAUUAGAACAUUUGGUGAGAUGAACAUGUUAGAUCAAAUUCACAAACUUCCAAAAUUAAGAGAAAUUCAUCUUGGACUUGUUCGUUCACAUGCCAUUGCAUUGCAUUAUGUUAAAAAACUAUCUCAAUGCAACUCUUUGGAUACCAUCUACGUAGAAUUUGAUUCAUUGGAAGCUAAGCACAAACUAAUUGAAAACAACAAGAUUAAGAAUAUUUUCUUUGAACUUUAA